ACUUGUGUGAGCUAUUCGAAGAACGUCUCAGUGCUUUGCGCGAGGUCCGGACGGUUUCAUAGUAUCAGUUGGAUCACUCUAUAGUGCAUUAUGUCGUCACAGGCUCCCAAUGAAUUAGGACAGAACGCGGUUAUGUGCUACUUCCCUUGGCUUCCGUACUACCUUAGGUACCAGAUUGGCUUUGAUAUUCUUCUUAAUACUCCUGAUGCACAAGCAGAUCCUUCCGUGGCAGGUCAAUCUCCGCGCUUGAUCCAUGUUCAGUUGCACUUUCCAGAUGGGUUUCUCUGUAAUCCGGCUAACUUCGAUGAACUGCCACAUCCCCUUUUCUUUCUAGGUGGUGAGCAAGACGUCUACCCCCCACACCCCCAUUUCAAUCCGCCAGUGUACCCAGAUUACUUACAUGCAACAUCACCCUUAAACCACCUUGUACAGAUGUACUUCCACAGGGUUAUGAUGUGGCAAGGACAACUUGAUACUCGUGUGGUUGUACGUGUCGUAAAUGGUCAGCCUGGGGAAUAUUUGGUAAUUGAUGACACGCUAUACGAUGCCAUUCCUCAGGGUAAUGAGUGUGGCGAGUUUCAUAGAGAGCCAGAACAUGUUCGCAACAAAAGACCGCAGGGUGUUCAAAAACGCAAGCGUUCAAAGCAGUCGGACAAACAGUCAGAACGUUCACGUCAGCAUCCCUCAAAGUCAGGAAUCACAGAUCAACGAGACGCAUCAUAUCCAGCUAAACGCACAUACAAUGAAAGUGCCGCCACAGACCCCAAAGACCAUCUGCAAAACCAAGAUAUGUCUACACUGAGUCAGCUAAUGGCAGGGGAAUAUGAAAGCAUGCAAGAGAUACAACCCGAAGAGGAUAAUGCCACAUCAGUUACCACUCAGGCUAAUGUUGCCACUGUCACAAAGGAAAUGGAUAAUUUGGAUUUGGAUGGCCAGAAUACUGAUGAAAAUAUCGUUCAUGAUGACGAAUACGUAUUUUUUGAUGAGUGGGUAGUAAAUUUAUAAUUUUGAUAUUGUUGCUUCGCGCAUUCCAGUUAACGAAUUAAAAACCUAAGCAAAAUGUUCAUGUCCAACAGCAGAAAUACGAAAAAAAUGGUUAUGUUACUAGAAUUUCGACAUAAUACAACACUAUUUUAAGCAUAAGCUUAAUAUGGACACUUGUUUUGGAGAUAUAACAGCAGUCAGAUUAUUUUUAUUGUCGAAUUACUGUAGUUAGAAAGGAGAAUUAAAAAAAAUAUAUAACUGGAAAUAGAAGUAGAUAUUUCGGUUAAAUUAGGCUGUUGUAAUCAUGGAAUUCACAUUUAUAUGUGGUAAAUAAUGUAUGGCCUAUACAAAUGUGCCUUUCUGCACUAAAAUUCGAUAUGAUAUAAUGAACUAUCAGUUUAUUGGUUGUUACAAUUUAUUUAUAGAAUUUUUCCAAGAACUAAGUGAAAAAAGGUGUCAAAACCACAUUUUAUACAGUGAGAGGAAUCAAUGCUUUGUUUCCUUACCACAUAGAGUAUCAUACUUGAUUGUUAAUCAUGGUCUCUUUUGUAUA